AUGGAGAAUUCCUCCCUCCCUGAGACCAAUUCCUCAUGUGCGGGUGGGCCCAUGGACUGCCCCGGAAGAGGGGAUGGGGGGCUGAAUAUGUCCAGUCCCCCACUGAACCCCAGCUUCUACAUCACGGUGCCCGUCAUCUACUCAUUCAUCUGUGCUGUGGGGCUGACAGGCAACACUGCUGUCAUCUAUGUAAUCCUCAAAGCCCCAAAGAUGAAAACAGUCACCAACAUCUUCAUCCUCAACCUGGCCAUUGCUGAUGAGCUCUUUACAUUAGUGUUACCCAUCAACAUUGCUGACUACCUGCUGCUGCAGUGGCCCUUUGGAGAGUUCAUGUGCAAGCUCAUCAUCUCCAUAGACCAGUAUAACACCUUCUCCAGCAUUUACUUCCUCACCGUCAUGAGCAUUGACCGCUACCUGGUUGUGGUGGCCACCACCAAGUCCAGGAAGAUGUCCUACCGCACCUACCGAGCAGCCAAGAUUGUGAGCCUGUGUGUCUGGUCCUUCGUCACAGUCAUCAUCCUGCCCUUCACUGUCUUUGCUAAGAUACACAAGGAGCAGGGGCGCUCCCAGUGCGUUUUCGUGUUCCCCCACCCUGAGAGCAUGUGGUGGAAAGGCAGCCGGAUCUACACGCUUAUUUUAGGCUUUGCCAUCCCAGUGUCCACCAUCUGCAUCCUUUACACCACCAUGCUGUGCAGAUUGAGACGUGUGCACCUCCAUAGCAAUGCAAAGGCCCUGGACAAAGCCAAAAAAAAAGUUACGCUGAUGGUUGUUGUCAUCUUGGCUGUGUGCUUGUUCUGCUGGACGCCCUAUCACCUUAGCACAGUGGUGGCCCUCACCACAGACAUCCCACAAACUCCUCUUAUCAUUGGGAUUUCUUACUUCAUCACUAGCUUGAGUUAUGCCAACAGCUGCUUCAACCCUUUCCUGUAUGCUUUUCUGGAUGACAGUUUCCGGAGGAGCUUUCGCAAACUGAUAGAUUGCAAAAACACCUCAUAG